AAUUGUCAUCUCCAGCGAAAAUUUCGUGCGCCAAAAACAUAAACUAGAGUGAAAUAAUUAGAAUUAAGAAGAAUUAAGUGCAAUAUAGAUUGUAACAGCAAACUAAAAAACUAAACAAGUUUUCAAAGAGUGUAGUUAAGUGCCCCACAUUAAGGUAGCAACCCUAUAGUGCGAUUGAAAAUUGCGUUGUGAAAAUGGCUGUUUUGCGGGGUUGGGGUGGGCCGUGAGUGAACGAGUGAGGCCAACAGUCAGUGGUGCUCUGUCGCUGCCAUCGUCAAACACCUUUUCAUUUUCCAUCAAAAUGCACAGUUACAAACAGUAAAGUUGGAGCACAAUCCAAUAAUCAGAAUAGCUUUUCUUCGCUACUCAAAAUAGACACAUAUUUGCUUCAAGGCAUUGGUGUCAGUGUUCAGUAAAAGAUUCGUUACAGAGUGAAAAAAAAACGCCUUUGUCGUUAUGCAGCAACAGGAUGAUCCUCCGUCACUGCCCGUGGGCACGGAGGUGAGUGCCAAGUACAAGGGCGCCUUUUGUGAGGCAAAAGUCAGCAAAGUUGUGCGCAACAUCAAGGUGAAGGUGGUCUACAAGCAGGGCCUUGGCACGGGCAUAGUGCCCGACGAUGCCAUCAAGGCGCCGCCUGGCCAGAUGCGCGUGGGUGCCGUCGUCGAGGUGCGGCACCCAGACAGAAAGGAGAUCGUCGAGGCGACCAUUGCCAAGAUCCAGGAUGGAUCGCAGUACACGGUCGUCUUUGACGAUGGAGACAUCACCACCCUGAGGCGGACAGCCCUCUGCCUGAAGAGUGGCAGGCAUUUUAAUGAGAGCGAGACCCUCGAUCAACUGCCGCUGACCCAUCCGGAGCACUUUGGCAAUCCCGUGGUUGGCGGUAGACGGGGUCGUCGUAGGGGACAACUGAAUGAGGACAGCUCCGAUGAUGAUGACGAGAGCGAUGCCAAGGAGGUGGUCAACGAGAAGGAGGAGAACAUUGGCCAGGUUGUCUGCGUGGAGACAGAGUCAAAGAAGAAGGACAAGGAGAAAUGGUUCCCCGCCUUGGUGGUGGCACCCACAGCUCAGGCCACGGUCCGAAUCCGCGUGAAGGAUGAGUAUCUGGUGAGAUCGUUCAAGGACGGACGCUACUACACGGUGCCCAAGAAGGAGGCCACGGAGUUUACCAGGGAGGUGGCAAGCAAACAGGAUGUGCCUGCCGUGCAGGCUGCCCUCGAGUUCCUCGACAGCAGCAUCCUGCCGCCACACUGGGACCGCGACUCCCUCUUCGGCCUGUCCAAUCUAACCAGCGACGAUGAUGGCGAGAUCGAUUCGGACUCGUCGGACGACGAGCCGCACGAGGAGAAGGAUCGCUUUGUGGCCCAGCUCUACAAGUACAUGGACGAUCGUGGCACACCGCUGAACAAAGUGCCCUCCAUUCAGAGCCGCGACGUGGACCUCUACCGACUCUUUCGCGCUGUCCAGAAGCGCGGUGGCUACAAUCGCGUUACGACCCAGAACCAAUGGAAGAUGAUUGCCGUUCGUCUGGGCUUUGCUCCCUGCACGGUCAGCGUUAUGAAUCUCGUCAAGCAGGCGUACAAGAAGUUCCUUCAGCCCUACGGGGAUUUCCAUCGCAAGCUCGGCUGCUCCAUGCUAAUGACAUCGCGAAACACGAACCGCAGCAAGGGACGCAGUCUGGUCAGGGCCAAUUCAGUGGCCUCGCCCAAGCCCAUGGAAACCACAAAAACAGAGACAAUCAGCAAGUUGGCCCAGCCGAAUCAGACGGCUCACAGUACGAGCUCGACUAGCUCCGCCAAUGCUUCAGCAGCAGCAGCUGCAGCUGCCUCAUCCGCUGCCACCUCAUCCUCAUCGAUUGGACCGACUUUAAGCGCUGCAGCGAGCGCUGCCAGGGCCGCCUCGACAGCCUCCAUAUCGACAGCAGAGGAGUCGGAGAACACCAGCGAGUCCAGUGUGGUGGUGGAGCCCAUCAAGAAGCAACGCAAAGCCUCGGCGGCAGCUAGCACUCAACAGCAGGGCAAGGUCAAGAGCCUGGUGGAGAAGUACGAGGAGAAGUCCUCGCCAGCGACUCCCCAAGCGACUGCAUCCGCUGCGCCUACUGCAGCUACUGCUGCAACUCCUGGAGCUACCAUAGAAACCAUGCAGUCAACAAUAACUGCGGCAGCAACAUCUGCUGCCAGUCACACUCCAUCCACGGCCACUCCAGCAUUAGCUGCAACCACAUCAGCAGCAGCAACAGCUACAGCCACUCCUUCGGCAGCUGUUGGAAAAGAUACCGAGUCGGAUAUGCCUUUGGCCAAGAUCAAGCUGCAAGCGGCCGCCGCUGCGGCAGCAGCCGUGACCAGGAAUAGCAUGGAAAAGGACCAGCAGCAGACCAAUAUCAGUCCGGGCAGCGCCACAUCCAGCAAGGCCAAUUCUGCGGACAAUCAAAGGAGCCGCGAUGCCUCUCCAGCCUCGGCUGCCGCUGGCCCGUCUGCUGCCCCACCGACCACCGUUAAGAAAGAGAAGCAUCAACGAAAGCAGGUGGAGAAGACGGACGAGAAGCAGCGCGGCAAGCGAAAGAAGGAGGAUAAGGACAUCAGCGUUGAGAAAAUCGACACUGGGGACUUUGUGGUGGGCAUCGGCGAUAAGCUGAAAGUCAACUACCACGAAAAGAAAUCCCCCAGCUCCCAUGGCAGCACCUACGAGGCAAAGGUCAUCGAGAUUAGCGUACAGCGCGGUGUGCCCAUGUACCUGGUCCACUACACCGGCUGGAAUAAUCGCUACGACGAGUGGGUGCCCCGCGAGCGGAUUGCCGAGAACCUGACCAAGGGAUCCAAGCAAAAGACGCGCACGAUCAGCACCAGCAGUGCGAACAGUGGCAGCGGUGGCGGCGGCGGCGGAGGAGGAGGGGGCGGUGCUGGAUCUGGCACACUGCCCCCAGGUCCGGGAGGCGGCGGCGGCGGCGGGGAUAAGCAGCCGCAGCCUGGCAAGGAUGGACCCUCAAAGACAGUUCCGCCAUCGGGAGCGCCGGGUGGCCAGCAGAUCGGACAAUCGGGAAAUCCCAGUGGCUUCAGUAUGGCCAGUUCGCUGAUUCAGGGCAUGGUGAAGACGCCCACAACGACAGGAGCGAAGCGCGGCCGUGGACGCAGCGAUUCGAUGCCGCCGCGAUCGACCACCCCAUCGUCGGUGGCCUCCAACUCGAGCAGGACCAAGUCACCGGCCAGCUCCCAGCAGCAACUGCAGCAGCAGCAGCCGAUGAAGAAGCGUCCCACUCGAGGACCGACCAACAGCGCCAAUAUCCAUCGCAUCUCAGACGCCUCCUUGGCCUCCGAAUCGGACUCGGACUCGGAUGAGCCCGUGCGCCGGCCCAAGCGGCAGAGUGCCAAGGAAAAGGCGGCUGGUAAGCCGCAGGCCACAGCCAAGGGACGCUUGUCCCGUGCCCCAUCCUCUGGGCCCACGGCCGCAGCCGCCCAGCAAAGUCCCACCGAUGAUUCCGACGAGGAUGAGGAGGAGGAGGAGGAAGAGGGGCCCGGCCACACCCCAAGCAAACAGCAACAACAACAGCAGCAGCAGGCGCCACCCUCGCUGCAACGUUCGCGCGCCGCUGGCAAUCGGGCAAUGAGCAGUGGAGCCGCCACAUCCAAGGGACGUGACUACGAUCUCAGCGAAAUACGCUCCGAGCUGAAGGGUUUCCAGCCGCAGCUGCUCUCCUCCUCAGCAGCCUCCUCCUCGGCGUUGCCCAGCGCUGAGCGCAAGAAUCACAGCAAGGGCGAGGGCCAUGCUCCCGUGGGAGACAUCAAGAAAGAGCCCAAGAUGGAGUCCUCGGCCAAGAGCAGCUCCACGGAGCUCUCCUCCGAGACGGACUCGUAUGUGGACGAGGACUCGCAGUCCUCGGACUACCGCAAGCAGGCCAGCGAGAAGCGCACAAAGGCAGGAGCUGCAGGACAAACGGCAGGCAAGGCAGGAAACGAGCCAACGGGCAGCGGAGAUUCCAUGCAGCUGCUGGAGUCCAUCAAGACGGAGGCCAAGGAUAUGAUCAAGGCGAAGCCCUUCCACACGGGGGCAGACAUCAAACCGACAACCACACUGAUAGCUCCGGCACGCUUCGGCCUGAGCAGUUCCUCCUCGCAAUCAGCCGCAGCCUCUUCCUCCUCUUCGACAUCCACUCAAGGGCCCUGCCUGUCGGCCGUGGCCGUGGCUAAGUACACGUCGGUGAUUGUGGAGAAGCCACUGACCAUGACAACAGCUGCUGGUGCAAGCAGCAAGAAGGAUCCGCCACAUGCCAGCAAGAAGGUGGACAGCCUCAAGAAGCAGUCGAACACGGCAGGAGGAGGAGCCACAGCCACAGCCACGUCGGGACAGGAGGCAAAGAAAUUCGCUGAACCUGUUUCCACCUUAAAGGUGGAGCUGCCGGCCGCCUGUUCACCCUCCUCGUCCUCCUCUUCGUCCAGUUCCUUCUGCUCGAGUGCCUCGGGCGGCAGCUCCAGCUCCGCCACACGAUCUCUGCCGGAUAUGAGCAAGCUGGCGAUCAGCGGAGGUGCAGGAACAGGAGCAACAGCAGCAGCAGCAGCUGGUCCAUCUGGUACGCAGCCCUCGACACCGCCGACAGCCGCCAGCACAGCCAGCAAAGAGUCAAAGUACAGCAGCAGCUGCCUCGCGGCAGCCACCGGUGGCCCACUCACGCUUGGCGAUCUCUUGGCCUCGGAUGUGUACGAGUUUAAGGACACGGAACCCUUUGAAUUCGAGAAGCGCAUUUCGCCCAUGGCCGCAACUUGUUCGACGACAGCGACUGGGGUGGCUGGAGUUGCUGGCCUACCCGCCGCCGCUUCUACUGUGAUUACUGCGGUGCCGUCGCAGCCAGUGCCAGCAGCAGGAGCAGCAGCAGCAGCCGCAGGGGGAGCUGGCGCAGCAGCAGCUGGAGGAGGAGGAACAUCUCCUACUGCUGGCACUCCUUUGGUGUUGGUUAGCUCUGCAGCCCGAAAGCAGGCCCUCAAGGCUACAGCCAUGCAGCACAGCUUGGAGCAGCAUCAGCUGCCGUCCACUGUCCAUGGAGCAGCAGCAGGAGCAGCAGCAGCGGGAGCUGGUGCUGGAGCUGGGGCAGCUCCUCCAACUGUCGCACUCGCCGCAGGCAAAGCCAAAAAGCGUGGCUCACCCUUAAAGGAGGCCAGUCUGGUGCUGGAGAAGCCCAAGCUGAUAAAGCUGGAAAAGGAACAGACGGAACAAAAGCCAAGCAUGCCACAGCAGCACCAGCAGCAGCAGCAGACGCCACCCACUGUCAAGGUGGUUGCAGCCACACCAAACCUCGCGCAAAAGUUGAACACUCCACCAGGAGUAGGCGCAGCAGGGGCAGGCUCGUCCGCCAACGUUGGCCAACUGACACCCGGGCACCAUGCCACGCCCUUUGACGCGCUGCGCAAAUCCCCGAGCUUUAACCUGAAUAUUAUGGCACUGAACGAGGAGCUGGCCCAGACCGUGCAGGAGACAACGCGCGCCCUGACCGAUGCCCUGCAGCCACCCACAACGCCCAUUUCGGCUAGCGUGCCAGCAGCCGGACCGCUGCUCAUAUGUCCAGUCACGCCGCCCACGGGUGCAGGCAGUCAAGCGGCGGCCUCGCCCAAGCUGAGCACACCGCCGCAGCCACAGACAAAGCCCCCGCCGCCAGCCAAUGUUGUGGGCAGCCCGUUCAUCGAGACGCGGAAUGUGUUCGAGUUGAGCACCUCGAAUGAGGGCAGCGGCUACAGCUCCGGCGAGUCCAAGGACAACAAGCUGGAGAAGCUGGAGAAUGUGAAGAUUCUGCUGGCUGGAGCAGCGGGUUUGCCCUUUGAUCUGGAUGCAGUCAAGUACGAGCAGAAGACCAGCUCCAUAGCGGACAAGGUGCUCAAAGCCAUAAGCCAGAAGAAGGAGGAGGUGGAGAACAACAAGAGUAAGCCACAGCCACUGCCACUGCCACAGCCACACACAGAGGCCACAGGCACAGGCGCCGGCACAACCACAGGCGCUGCCAUAAUGCCCAAGCUGCAGCUGAGCGAUAUGGAUGGCAGCACGCCUUUGCUUUUGGCCAAACCAGAGCCAUGCACCAGCUCCAAGCUGGAGGCACUCAAGAUGCUGAGUGAACCGCUGAAGAUACAAACAGGAUCGCUGCUGGGGGAGCUGUACAGGCCGGGACCAGCCACAAAUAGUCCGGAGACCAAGUCCAUACUCGACUCGAUGCCGGCGAAGAACAACGAGCUAAGCGAAACGAUCCAGAAGCUAGAGUGUGCCAUACAGCAGCGCAAGACGCCGGUGGGUGGACUCUCGCUGGCCAGCUCGACGGCUGGCACACCACCAACGGCACACACACCCAACUCGACGGUCACUGUGGGUGUGGGCGGUGGCUUCUCCGACGAGUCGAUGGACAGCACCGACUCGGAGCAGCGGCUGGUAAUCGAGGAUGUGAUUGUAGAGGAUCACACAACGACCACAACGGCCGAGCAGAAGAGUCCUGGCUCGCAGGAGGAAUUGGCCGAGACAAUGGACAGGACAAUCAGCACGCCCACGCCGCCCGUCAAACUGGAAUUGAUGGGCAGCAAGCAGCUGUCCAGCAGCGGCAUUCAGGCACCAAUUGCCCUCAAGCUGGCACAGGCUCAGGCAGAGACCAGCACCGGUCCCGGUUGCAGCUCGUUUGCUGGCAAGUUGGCUGCAGUCACACAGCCACCGCCGCUGGCGAAACUCCAACAGCAGCAGCAGCAGCAGCAUCAACCGCCAGAAGAGAGUAAAAUGGGUAGCAGCUUUGGCAUACCCAUUGUGCUGCCCGAGAUACCCGCCACUGUGGUGAUGGCCACACCCUCCAUUAUGAUACCAGCAUUCACGAUUCCCAUGGAACAAGAUCAGGACAGUCCGCCCAUAAUGGCAUGCACCUCCAGUCCGGCCUCACCCUCGCCGCCAACUGUUUCGCCCGAACUGGGCGACAGGCUGGGCAGCGGAUUGCUGCUGAAGACCUACAUAGAGCCAGAGGCUGAAACACGUUCCAGCUAUCAUCAGCAACAGCAGCAGCAGCAGCAGCAGCUAUCGACGGCAGCUCAAACGGAGAUUGUUCUCCAGUCCAAUGUGAACGUAUCGAGCAGCAGUGGCUGGAUGGGCAGAGGGGCGGAGAUUGCGGGCGACACGGCGCCCGUGGUGGCACGACCAUUUGUGAUGCAUGCCGUCAACAAGGAGAUGUACAAUGUGGUGGCCAAUACUGCGGCACCAGCGGCCAGCUCGCCGCUGAUCAAUGACCCACACAAUGAGUCCAUCAAUCUGCUGUGCGAGGAGACAAUACCGGGCAGUCCGGCACCCACAUAUGGCGGCAAGGAUGAACAAAUGCCCGCCACAGGGAGCUCUGCCUUGGUCAUUGCUGGCAUCACGCCACUGUCGCCGGACACGCCACCACCGGGCGCCAUUGGCCUACUGCAGGGCACCACAGGGGCUCAGCAGAAUGUCGGGGAGUCAGCCAUGGGCGCAUCGCCGGCAAACAGUUCGCCGGACUCGGCCAGCCAGGAGGAUGAGAGCAGCGAGGAGACCAAGACCAAGCAUCUCGAGAACGAGCUGGAGGGCCUGGGCUUGGGUGGUACCCUACGCAAGAGGAAGCGCACCAGCAAGCAGACCCAGGCGCAGAUCAGUGCCGUUGCGGCACAGCUGCAAUCGUUGAGCAAGCGCAGGCGUCAGGUGUCGGGCAUGAGAAGCAGCAAGACGACAGCAACAGUAACAGCUGGCUCGGAUACAGAUGAGAAUUCAGACCAUUUGGUGUCCAAUUUGGGGCAGCAGCCGGCGCAGCAGCAGCAGCAGCUACGUCAUAGUGGACGGCAGCAAUUGUUGCCGCUGAGCAAUACCCAACAGCAGCAGCAGCAACAACAGCCACAACAGCAGCAGCAGCAGCCACAGCUGUCACAGCAGCUGCAGCAGCCAAUGCAGCAACAGACACAGCAAUCGUCUUCGAGCACCCAAUUGGGCGUACGACCCUGUCCAUAUAACUUUCUGGUUGAAUUGGAUCGCUCUUUGAGCUCGGAUCAGUGCAUCACCAUUUUGCGCAAGCAAAUACAGGAUCUGCGCAAGGCCUACAACACCAUCAAGGGGGAGCUGGCUGCCAUUGAUCGCAGGCGCAAGAAGAUGCGCCGACGUGAGCGCGAGAAGAAGCAACAGCAGCAGCAGGGCCAGACGCAGGGCAAAGUCUGCACCUGAUGGUCGGAGAGGGAGCGCGAGCGAGAGCGAGAACGUGAACGAGAUCGUGAGCGAGAGGAGGGCCUGGACGUGGACGAGGACGAGGGCGAAGACCCCUAGCAGUAGG